UAUGGUAAUGGAAUGUUUCCUUUUCCCCAGCCACCCUGGCAGUUUCCACAGCGUGUGCCUCCAGGGUUUGGACGUCCACCAGGCAGCAAUGAGGAAGGCGGGAAUCCUUAUUUUGGCUAUUUUGGAUAUCAUGGGUUUGGAGGGCGACCCCCAUAUUACUCAGAAGAGAUGUAUGAACAAGAUUUUGAACAGCCCAAAGAGGAGGAUCCACCCAAAGUGGAGAGCACCACCUCGGCCCCUCCCCCUAACACCACAGCCCUUGAGAACAAUUCAACUCAACCUACUGUCCCUAGCCCAGGAGGAAGUCAAGGUGGAAAUGAGACCAGCCCAGCAGGGAAGGAAGCUCAAGCCCAGAACCCUGGGAAUAACCAAGGAGUACAUCCUGGAGUUAACUUGGCUCCUGCUGUCAAUGUCUCAGGCUAUGACGUACCAGGAAGCCAGAUCCCCCAGAUCCCCCAGAUCCCCCAGAUCCCAAGUCAGCCAAAUGUUUUUGCAAACUCUCCAAACCCUAAUUUUAGAGUCUUUCCUGUGGUCAGCCAAUGGACCCAAACAGGACUCCCCUUAGGACCUAGAGUGAAUAGCCCUUUUUAUAGAACUUAUCCCAAUCAAAGGAACUACCAAUGGCAUAAUUUGGCUUAUGUAAGCAAACAAAUAGCUCGCCCAGGAAACACAGCUUACCAAAAAGUUUAUCCUUCCAUUUCUAAGAGCAAUUCUCCCAAUCAUGUAUCAAAUCUAGUAAAUAACAGGCGGAACCUCCAGAGUCCAACCAAACACCCUGAAGAAACAAAUGGUGGGUCAGCAGAUCCCGAGCAUGUCACUGCCCAUAAAGAUGAGCCGACUGAAAACCCAAAAGAGAAUCCAACAAUUCAGAGAGAAAGAACAACCUUUCCUACAGGGGUUCCAACCAGCACCUGGAGAAACUCACAAGGUUAUGAAACUAACAAAUCAAAUUAUAAGUUACCUCCUCCAGAAGGCAACCCUCCAGUACCAAGUGUCAAUUCAGUUGACCAACAUGAAAAUUCUUAUUAUCCAAGAGCAGAUUCCAGGAAACUUCCAGCUAGUAUACAAACAGCAAAUUUUCCCAAGGGAAUAGUUUCAGAACCAAGAAAAGAUCCAGCCGAUACUGAAAAUAACCCACCAGAAAUGAAACAUGGAACCCACCACCCUGCAUAUACUGAGGAAGCAUCCUAUCCUCCAAGAGAAUCCUUUUUUCCUGGAAGCAACACAUGGAACCCCCAACAAGGAUCUCCAACUUUUGAGGAUGAAACUAUGAGGCAGGAAGGUACUUUACUUUAUCCAGCCCUUGGAGUAAGAAGAAAUGUCCCCUACCCUGAAUAUAUUCCCUACGAUCCCCAGAGGAACACUCCUUAUGUGAAAGGUAAUAUGUGGGAUGAGAGAGAUGACUUUCCUGGUACUUCCAGGCCAACAGGCCAACCAGGAAACCCAUCACAUUCCCUGAACAGUCCUUCAGGUCAGAGACAGCCAUCAACUUACAAUGAAGAGGAUCCAAUUGACCCAAAAGGUGAUGAGUUUUACCAAGGACCUGAUGCAUGGAGGAAGGAAUCCAACUUCAAAGGAAGUGAAGUUAGGUUCCGUGAAAAAUACCUGUAUGCCCGAAGGCAUCCAUCUCAGCCAAGGGAAUACCCCCAGCAUUCCACAAAUAACUUACCAAGACAAAGGCAAUCUCUUUAUGGUGCAUAUUAUCCCUGGCACCUAGAAGAGCGUGUCCCAUCUUACAACAUGGCUCCUCCUCUAACACCACCAGGAGAAAAAAGUGGGUAUUACUAUCCUUCUAAUGCCUUUGGACAGGAAGAGAGUAUGCCAUCUCCUUCUUGGGGAUCAUGGGACCAAAAGAAUUAUAUCCCAACAAAGAAAGGAAGAGUGCCAUAUUACAGUAUAAAUCCCUGGGGUCAGGCCACCAAUUCAUACAAAUCCAUAGCAAGUGUCCUGAGUCAAAGAGAAAAUCAACCCCUCUCCAGCAGCUUUCCGGUUGGGCUUAGAGGAAACCCAACAUAUCAAGAAGUAGAGAGCCUCAACUAUGACAGUGAACAAAUUAAUAAGGUAAAUUUACCUGAGAAGGAACAGUUUACUGUCACAGAAUCUGUGAUUCAAAACAAGCCAAUAAAUCAAGGAGAAGCAAAUUCAUAUCCCCCAGCCAGUCAAAGAAAUCCCUGCUGUGCUAGUGACCCCACAGGGCUCAAAGACAGCCCUCUUGUACCACUGGACUACUUUCCACCCUUUGGUCUUGUUUCAGGGGAGUAUGGAGAAGGAAAUCCAGCAUAUACAGAGGGCAGUCACACUAAGCAUGCUAGGCACAUCAUCUACCCCCCAGGCAUCCAAUCCAACCUACGAAAUAGUUCAGAGAAAAAUCUACCUGAGAAAGAAGAGAAUCCAGAUCCCUUCAGGGAUGAAACGCUCAUGUUGAAAAAAAGCUCACCAUGUUCUAAAAGGAGUGAAAUAGACCAGGUGGAAACCGUGGCUUUUUCUGACACUGACUCCCUCCAAGCAAAUACACCAUGCCGCGAAAGUACCCUUAGGGGAGAUGGGAACAACAUCCUGGCAAAAAUCUUUGGCACUGACCAGUUCAGUGAAAGAACCAAUAACCUUAUUCCUGAGGAGCUUGAGGCUCCUGAAGAAAGCCCCAAGCCAGAAAAUAUCCAAAGUGAAGGGGGAGGAAGUGAAGGUCGCAUGAAGCAGAAAGGUGUACCUAGUAUCCAACAGGUACCCUGCCUCCACUCCAAGCUAGACAAGCAUCUCCCUUCCAGCACGGGUCCUCUAUUUGGCAAGAGAAGACUGGGCCCAUUGGAUGGAGAGCCAGCCAUGGCCUCUCCCCAGCCCAGCAGCACAUUGACUGAACUGGCAGCCAGGGAGCAGCUUGAUGGUACCAACAUAGACCCAGUCGUUCCCUCAGAGAUGCCUCUUUCCUUUCUGUCUCUUCCAAGAGAAAUUCCAGGAAAUGCAGAGCUUCAGAUGCCAGACUGCCUGCUACUUCAGAGCUAG